UGCAACUCCAACAUGUAUGCGUCAAUCUUUCUGAUAACCCUGAUGAGCGUGCACAGGCUGUUGGCCGUGGUCUUUCCACACACACUGUAUCGCCUGAUCACCAGGAAGGUUGUGAGGAGGGUGAUCCUAGGCACCUGGAUGUUCGUGAUGGUCAUUUCCAUUCCCUCGUUGGUGUUUCGAGCUGCUACUGCUCAAAACAAAACGAAAGUUGUGUGUGCACCCAAUCACACACUGUCUGAACAUGUGAGGCUUCAGUACACCACUGAGACAGUGGCAGGAUUCAUUAUUCCUUAUGCAAUCAUCAUAACCAGCUACGUUCUCAUCCUGAAACGCCUGAGGGAGACCAGGUUUCAACGAAAUGUCCGCAGCGAGAAACUUAUCCUGGCUAUCGUCAUAAUGUUUGGCCUGUUCUGGUUGCCGUACCACGUCAUCAACAUGAUACAGGUGGCAGCUGCGUGGUACCCAAAAGACUCAGCAACAAGAAAACGAUUGUAUGGUAUGGCUGAGUCAACCCGAGCGGUGACCUCAACUUUGGCCUUCAUCAGCAGCUGUGCUAACCCGGUCCUCUACACCUUUGCUGGGAAAUCCUAUAUCAAGAAUAAUGGCUUUGCCUUUAUGGCUAAGCUGUUUGAGGGAACAUCAUUGGAGCAAACAGGAACCAAAAGCACCCAGUUCACAGCAAAAGACGAUCUGGGAAAGAAUAACAUUGAUUCUGAAAAUCAUACACUGGCUUCUCCUCUACAAAAUCGAUGUUGAAUUAACUUAAUGCACUUAACAGACUGUAUAAAAAUGAGAACACUUAAAAUUGUGUAAAUCUUUGAACGGAACAUGUAGACAUGUAGCUUGAGCAUUUGAGGCUACAGACGAUAAGCACCAGCACAGUAUAUUUAGAAUCUGAUAACAGAGUUUAAGUGAAAGUCAGAGGCACAGGCACAGCUGGGCUACUUUUGCCUGCAUGCACCUGAAUAUCUGUAAGGUGUAUAGGACUGUACAUAUUUUUUGGAAUAAUCAAAUAAAAUUGUGAUAAUAUUAUGUGUAUGUGAGAAUGCUACCUAACAUAGAAAUCAGACUAAGGUGAGUGAUUUCAUGCUCAGUCUGUUAAUUUAUAGUCAGGUGAAUGAAUGAAGAUGGGAUGCUUGGAAGUUUGCAAAGUUUGACCUUCCACAGAAACACAG